GUGUAAUGGAAAUUAAGGCAUCUACAUAUAUUGUGUUCUCACCUGAGAACAAGCUUUAAACAAAAACAUGGCCCUAACACCUGUACACUCUCAGAAAUAGGGCUGAAGUGAAAAGUUCAUUAUUUUUCUUACAUAAGCAAAUCCCCUACAGGGGGAUUUAGAAUUCAAACAAAUAUUCCCAUGGGCGUCGUCAGGGGGAGAAAAAUUACGGAUUCUAAGGGCCCGUAAUUAUUUUUUUUUAUUUUUUUACAAAAAUUAUUAAUCCAUCAAUAUGGCUUCCAUACAUGACCAUAAAUGCUGUUUGCUUCAAAGGUGUUUGUUUCCUAAUAUUGGUUUUGUUUUGUUUUGUUUUUCGAAACAAAGAGUAAAUCCAAUCAGCCUCUGACCCCGCCUCCCCCCUCCUUAUUUCAUGAAUUGGUUUAGUCCAGGUGCACGCGCUCCUAACUGACGCUGAGCUUUAGAGCGGUAGGAAAAGAGACAGGUGGAAAUAAACUUGUACCGAAGUGUACAUGAAAGAAACUACUUGACUUCCCCAGUGUUAGCUAGCUUACCCAAUUUCUAACAGAAAAUAAUGUGUUUGUUAUCCUUUAGCCAACAUGUAAUUAGUGCAGACAGACCUUCUGUACAUAUGUAUACUAAAUCACAUAUCUGCCGGCCUGCUGCCAGAACCAACAGAUCAAACCUCUGGCUCAGGCUUAGCUGUCCCACUCAUAUAACCCCACACCCACACACCUGACACUGAACCUGCCUCACUGAUAUCUGAAGAAGCAGAACCAGCGGAAAGACCUGGUGGAUUUCAAGGAAUUAUCUGGAGAACAGGAGCACUCAAAAGAUGCCCGCAGUGGGAGUGCCGUAUCCUCUCCGGAGCCAGACAGAGGCAUCAGUUUGAUGGAGGGUCAGAGGAAAAGGAAGAGGACCAUCUUUAGCCGUGCCCAGCUGUCUGAGUUGGAGCAGGCCUUCGCUGUGACCCCCUACCCGGACAUCACCCUGCGGGAAAGGCUGGCUGCACACACACACCUGCCCGAGAGCAAGAUACAGGUGUGGUUCCAAAACAGAAGAGCUAGAAGUAUUAAGACCGGUAGACUCUCCAAGUCCACCAAGUCCGUCCUUGGAGUUAGAGGUUUUGUGGAUCCCUCCACCGGCCCCACGACUUCCACGUAUUCAAACACUCUGGCAGACAUGUUCAGGCCAGACCAGAGCCACUCCUGUGAGGAGGUACCGCAGAUUUACUCAGAUUGGAUGCAAAUCUACAGUAACCCCAUGUCAUCGCCACCAUGUUCCUCAUCCCUCCAUCAGCAGUCCACUCAUAGCUGCUCCAAACCCUCCGAGUCUCGUCUCUGGGAAGAGGAGUACCACGGGCAGCAGCAACAGCACUUAGGAGCCUCACUCACUGGUUUCAUUCCUGGUUCGUUUCAUCAGUCCAUCACCAGGCAGCCUCACCACGCUGCAUCUACAUGCUCCUAUCAAGCCUUCAGGAACUUCAAGUCCCGGAGCUUGGCUCCAUCUGGACCUCAUCAGGCCCUGUGCAGCGGAGGCACUGGAAGUGGAGGUCAUGCCUCAGUAGACCAGGUUGUCCCUUCCCACCCUCAGCCAGUGUACUGGGAAAUCUCUCAAGGUCAGGGACAGCACCACCACCACCACCAUCAUCACCCACAACUGGGACCACAGACCUCGAUGGGAUAUAUCUCAGACCUGAUCUAUAACGCUGCUAUUGUUACCAAUUUUCUUGAAUUCUGAUGAGUGUAUCAAAAUCUGUCCUGUGUUUUACUAAAGCUGAUGAAUUUCAGACAAGGCUGUAAUACUGUGAAGUAGAGUAGAAUUGUUACGAUGCUGGUUUGUCCUAUUGUGUAUUUUAUGUUUUGAAUUAUGUCUUGUAUAUUUUAGGGAAUAAACUGAGGCAACUGAUCAUAGUUUUGAAUUUUACCGUUACUUGUUAAAAACAAUCGUUCUUGUUUUUAUUUUAAUAGAAUUUGUUAUUUUUAAAAUCUAAUACAAAUUAAAAAUUAAAAAUAAUUUUUUAAAGUUAGUUUUUUAAAAUUUCUGAUAGUAUAAACUGCAUUUUGUGAAGCUGGAAGUACGCACAUAUGACAGUUUAACAUGAAGCUUGUUUCAUGUUUUUGUAUAAUCAAAUAAUACAACCGCAAAUCAUAUUUUCACAUAACUGUUCAGUUGUGUAGUUUAUUUUGUUCAGUAGCAAUACAAAGGCAUUAUUACAAAAAUAUGCAGAAAAUAUCAAUUUAUUGAAAUUAUUAUUAUUCAUUAUUGUUAACUAUAUGUUGUGUUUUAAUAUUGUUGCUUGCAAGGCUGGAACUACUUUAUAGUACUAAUAUUACCAAAAACCCCAAUUAUUUUAUCUAGUUUUGAAAAUAAAUAAUAUUUAGCGAACAUCAUAGGUUAAAAUGAAAAAGUUCCCAUUAGUUUGCACCACUGUAAUUCCCAAACUUGAACCCUCAUAAACUUGUAACAUACUUUUUGUCAGUAUUUUUUAUUAAAUUUAAGUGUCAGUUUUUAAAUCAGUCAAGUUUUUAUAAUCAAGUCACUUAUUAUAUCCUUUUCGACCAUUAUAUGCUACAGCUAAUGCUUUAUC